AUGGGCCAUUGUCUAAGCUGUUUCAAAAAUCAAGCUAAUGCUGACAAUUCAACUUCACCUCAUAGAAAAAAAGAGGAGAUGACAGAAGUGGCUGCCCCGGUAUCCGAUUAUCCUCAAGAAGAACCAUUACUGCAUGACAAUCAAAAUAGUAUUAACAAUUAUAGGAAUUCAAGCACUUCACAAGUAACAAAUGAAGUGUCUAGAGAACAGGGCUUAGGAGAGUUAGUCAGUGCUCAACAAAAAUCUAUUUUAAUGUCUGACAAAACACCUAAACCUUUCUACCAGAAAUUGCCUUCAAUACCAAGGACAAUGUCAUCUUUAGGCUCAAAUGAUUGCCGUAUUUCAGAAACAAAGAUCAAUCAGCUGUUUGAUCAGUACAAGGACUCGUUGGAAGAUGCAAUAUUAGCAGAAGGUAUAGAAAAUCUUUGCAAUGAUUUGCAAUUAAAUCCUGAUGAUUUCAAAGUGUUAAUUUUGGCUUGGAAGUUGAAUGCUAGUCAAAUGUGUAGGUUUACAAAAACAGAGUUUAUACAAGGUUUAAAAAAUAUGAAAACAGAUUCCGUCAAAGGUAUACAAUUGAAAUUGACUGAAAUAACCACUGAGCUCAAGAGGGAUACUGAACAUUUUAAGGACUUAUACAGAUUCACAUUUAAAUUUGGCUUAGAUGUAAGUACUGGUCAAAGAAUAUUGCCAACAGAUAUUGCUAUCUUACUGUGGCGUCUAGUCUUCACAAAUAAUGAUCCUCCUAUAUUAGACAGGUGGUUAAUGUAUUUAGAAAAAAAUCCCCACAUUAGAGGCAUUCCAAAAGAUACAUGGUAUAUGUUUUUAAAUUUCUGUGAAUUUAUUGGGGAUGAUCUCACCAGUUAUGAUGAUACAGAGGCUUGGCCAAGUCUUUUUGAUGAUUUUGUAGAGUAUGAGAAUGAUCAAAUGAAUCAAAAUGUUAAGAAGAACGACAUCAAGACAGAAGAUUAA